AUGUGGAGUUUCUUGAUGAUCGUUAAUAUAUGUGCUCCAGGCACGACAGGAGCAGCCAGUCGCUGGUUCUUACGGAUACAUCCACCUUCAAGAUCUGCUGAGAAGACUGAAAGUGAAUAUGGAUCGCCACCAAAAAGUGUCCAGCUUGAACAAUAUCCUACUGGAAAUUUUAUGAGAGCUGAAUUGUUCCGCAACGUAAGUGGUGUCCACAAGCCAUUGUUGGCGUACAUGAUACCGGGCCACUACCACCUCAAACUCACCAACGACCACAUGCAGACGGCCAUCAACGCCUUCUCUAUCUUCAUCAACGGGAACAUGGACGACAUUCUGAGGCUUCCAGCUAAAUAUGUUUUAAACUCUGCACGCACGAUAGCCAUGAUGACGAUUGCCCAAGAGAAGCUCGCAGCAACGUGGACUGUAGUCAAGAAUGGUAAACCGAACAAUGAAAUUUCGUACGCCACUUUGGAGGCCUAUCGUCCGCUGUUCAAGUACGUCAACGGAAGAGAAAUAGGGAGGCUUAACCUGUCCGAUAGCAGGAUACUGAAGUUCAUUGGAACACACCCUGAUUUGACACGACAUCAGGUGGGCGUUAUUGCUAGCAACUAUAUCAAACUUAACUUACAGUGGACGGAUCCAAAAUAUCUUAACCAAAUGAACAAUUUACUAUGCGGGGUUCCUAUGCUUCACAUGCGUAAACUGCCACCACAUACGUUUUUACAACUGUCUCAUCAGGUUUUCUAUCACAUCCAAGCAUGCGAUCCUAUACAACGAAGGUUUUAUCUUAAAAUGAUGACUAGGACUCAGACGUUAGGAAGAGCAUUCAGCUGGAGUGCUCGUGAUGUGGCGCGGCUUGGCUUGCUGUUAGCUGAAGUAUCCGAAAACGAGCUAACUGCCAUCAAACCUCAAGCGAUGGCUGGAAUUACCCCACAAGUAAUGUUAGAGAUACCAGCGAAGAAUUUGAAGCAUAUUUCUGAAUCUCAAAUCCGAUACAUUGAUCAAAAAUCACUUAACAUCAUGGCGAAGAAGCUCAAGGCGUACCAGGAUCUCAUCGGGACCAACCAUGCCAAAUAUUCGCAUCAAAAAAGAUUAACGCUAAGUGUCUUUACAUUAUUUCUGCAUAGAAUAUCUUUGUAUCCAAGUUUCAUGUGA